UAAUUUCCGUGGUGGUAAUGUUCAUGAUCCAGUGGGAAGUGGCCCUCGCUACUUUCGGCAUCAUUAUGACCUUCUAUCUCCUCGUCCACUACCGCAAACCCGAGGCGAACUGGGGCUCUAGCACGCAAGCGCAAGUGUACUCGACCGCUCUGAAGAACUCACACGCUCUCAACAAGACGGCCGAACACGUGAAGAACUACAGACCGCAGUUGCUCAUCCUUUCUGGUCCACCCAGUUCCAGGCCUUCCCUCCUGGACUUCGCAUAUCUCCUCACCAAAGCCAAUUCCCUUCUCAUCGUCGGUCAUGUUGCCAAGGGUCCCAUGAAGCACUCGGAGAGGGCCACCCUGAUCCAGAUGGGUAACGCCUGGCUCCAGCGUCAUGGCAUUAAGAGUUUCUAUGACAUUGCAGUGAGUGAUCGUUUUGACUGGGGUGCGAAGUCCUUGCUCCAACUGUCUGGGUUGGGGAAACUCCGUCCGAAUAUUAUUCUCCUCGGUUUCAAGGCUGACUGGCGUUCUUGCAACCCAUCCGACAUGCUCCAAUACUUCAAUGUUAUCCAUGAUGCAUUUGACAAUCACACGGCGGUGGGGAUCCUGAGGCUUCAAGAGGGUCUGGACUACAGUGAGAUCCUUGACGAGAAGGUACCCGUCGGGGAAAAGGAAACCCUCGAGACCAAGAUAUCUGACAUUUCUCUGGGGAAGACUGAAGCAGAAGCGAGCUCAUCGUCCGUACCCCAGGUGCCUCAAACGAACCACUUAGGUGAUGAAACGGGAAAGAAGAAGGGGGGAAAGGGGGAGAAAAUGAAGCAGAAGAAGCAGUGGUUGUCGCGGAUGUAUUGUGGACCGAACGGGAUCCCCUUGCCGAAGACGGUCGUGGAAAACUUGACUCGGUUCCAGCAGAAGCAGAAAGGAGGCCGAAUCGAUGUGUGGUGGCUGUACGACGACGGUGGACUCACUAUCCUCCUUCCUUACAUCUUGACCCAGAGAGCCCAGUUCUCCUCUGCAUCCCUCCGCGUCUAUGAUUACAGUUUGGCGGCGCUAUUAAGCAAGUUUCGGAUCGACUACAGUGACGUGGUCGUCGUUGCUGAUAUCCAGAAGAAGGCGACACCAGAAACUCACCAGGAAUUCGAUGCCCUCAUUGAACCAUUCAAACAGCAGGUCAACGAAACCAGAGAACUAGGUACUUGCACCAAAAAAAUUCAAAUAGCACAAAAUAACUUUUGCCGUUUUGUCCUCUGA